UGAAGUGUCUUGUCAUAAGUCUACAAAUGUGUUCCACUCCGGAUGACAAAUGGAAACCUAUAAAGAGGGAUUUAUUAACGCCAUGUCGUCGACCCGGUCUCUCUCGAAUAAUAAGAACGCCUUUACAUGGUCCUGAAAACCGAGAAUCUCCAGUCAGCUAUCAGCAAACAUCCACACCAUCAAAAUCGGUUAAUUCUACCCCAAAAAAUUACGACAAACCGACAAAACAAAAGGAUACCUCAACUUUCAAGCCCGAGGAAAACAACGCAGAUUCUGCCACCAAAAAUUACGACAAACCCACAAAACAAAAGAUUACCACAACUUUGAAGCCGGAUGAAAACCACGCAGAUUCUACCACUAAAAAUUACGAGAAACCCCCAAAACAAAAGGAGACUUCAACUUUCAAGCCGGAGACAAACAACUCAGAUGCUGUAAUAAAAAAUCUUAAUGUACAACAAACCACCUUAAAUAAUCGUAGCGAUAAUACUAUUUUAAACAUACCAAAAACUCCCAUUGUGAAGAUUUCUCGUUGUACUACUACACCUAAUACACACAGUGUUAAAGUAAAAAAACACAACCGGCUCUCUAUUAAGCGAUCUUCGAGUCCAGAAGAACUAAAUGACUUUUGCAAUACUUUAGAAAAUAUCAAACCAUCAAAUGCGUGCGAACUGGAAGAUGACGAGACAAAAAUUGAUGAAACACUGAAACGAAUUAAACUGAAAGAAGCUCAAUUAGAAGACCUAAAACGUGCAGCAAUCUACGCGAAGUUACAUAACGUGCAGGAGCUGGACGAGUUAACUCUAGUGUGGAAACAAGGGUGUAACAAGGCACUCUGUUACUUGCUGGAAAAGUUACAAGAGCACUGCCAGAUCGAAAUGCCCAUUCUGUUGAGAAGGUUAAACAUUUCUGAAAGUGUAAUUGAGACCAGUGGUUUGUAAUAAAUUUAUUUAAGUACA